AGGCGGGGUUUUUGCUAUGACCAAAUGUUUUGUUUGCUGCUCCGAUGAAAUGAUCCUGUUGAGUUAACACCGACACCUACGAAGCUAAACACUUCUCAGUGACCUUUUGUUGGCUUACAAGAAGACAAAGCCAUGGGAAAUACAAGCAGUGAGAGGGCUGCAAUGGGCCAGGGGGAGAAGGCUCAGCGGAGGGACAGCCGAGGUACCAAGGAGGGAGAGAGACCAAAAAUCCUGAUGGACAGCCCUGAAGAUGCAGACAUUUUUCAUGGUGAAGAUAUGAAGGCUCCUUUAGAGAAAGAGGAGUUCCUCGCAUGGCAGCAAGACUUAGAGGCAGAAGACAAAGGGCCAACUUUAGACCGACCCACAGUCUUUCGCUGGACUGGAGAUGGCAAGGAGGUCUACCUCUCUGGGUCCUUCAACAACUGGGCCAAUAAGAUUCCCCUUAUUAGAAGUCAAAACACCUUUGUGGCCAUCGUCGAUCUGCCUGAGGGGGAGCAUCAGUACAAGUUCUAUGUGGACGGCCAGUGGACCCACGACCCAACUGAGCCGGUUGUAACCAGCCAGCUUGGAACAGUUAACAAUAUCAUCCAGGUGAAGAAAACUGACUUUGAGGUGUUUGAUGCUCUGAUGGUGGACUCACAGAAAUGCUCUGACAUGUCAGACCUCUCCAGCUCUCCUCCCGGACCGUAUCAUCAGGACGCCUAUGUUCCGAAACAGGAAGAGAAGUUUAAGUCUCCACCCAUACUCCCACCACACUUGCUGCAGGUCAUCCUCAACAAAGACACUGGGAUUUCUUGUGACCCUGCAUUACUCCCAGAACCCAACCAUGUCAUGCUCAACCACCUCUAUGCUCUUUCCAUUAAGGAUGGGGUGAUGGUGCUCAGUGCAACACAUCGCUACAAGAAGAAAUAUGUCACCACCUUGCUAUAUAAGCCUAUCUGACUUAAGACCAUCUUUUUAAUUCUGUCCCAGUGUGUUAACUGUACACUGAGUGUACAAAAUAUUAGCUCCACCUGUUUUUUUUUUUUUUGUUUGUUUUCUCUCCAUGAAGCAGAGAGACCAGGUGAAUCCAGGCUCAUAUCAGUCAUGGGUUUCACAUGUUAAAUCCAAAUCCUGACUUGAACAAGCAGCUUUGAAUGAAGUGGAGAAGAAAGAUUAAAGAUAUAAAAAGAAAUGAAGAUUGUUAAAUUUCUAAAUUAAACUUUCAUUUUCAGUAAAAUGCAGGAAUAGUGUUUACUAUAGCAAUGCCCUGAAAACAAAGCGUAAACUAAAUCUAAAAGAUUAAAGAUAAAUGUCAACAGAUCAAUCAUUUAUAUCAUUGUACUAAUCUGCUUUAAGAGGUUAGUUAGUUAAUUAAUUAGUUAGUUAAAUGAUGACAUUACUUUAUCCAUUGUAAACUUCGAGCAUGCAGCUCUGAGAUUAUAUCUUGUACAUUCACUGUAUACCCAGUUGUUGUCCACAUCUGUUGAGGAUGAUCAAUUCCACUCAGUUACUCCAAUCCUUCACAAUCUGCCUUUAAUUAUUCACUGACUGCCCUGUGUAGUUUUCAACAACAGUAACUUUGCUUAGUAGACAUAGAGAGGCAUUAAUAAUGAAGUAGAACACUAUGACGUGUCUAUAAGCAAAACAGACAUAAAUGUAAUGAGGAGAAUUGGUAAUGCUGGGGGGAGAUGGAUUGAAAGACCUCGGACACGUGAGGUCGCUGUCGUCUUUUCCUGUGGUUGAGGAGACGACAGAGGUACAAUCAAGAAUGUGAAUGUUAAGGUCACAGAAAGGAAACAUGCACUGCAGUAGUUCUCCACUGUUUUCUUUUGCUUGUUUAUCUUGAAAUAGUUAAGUUUUAUUUGGUAUGAUCUCAGAGUGCACAGUAGAUAUUUUUCUAUUAUUUGUGAAGUAUUUCAUUAUAUUUUUUUCUACUUUGGUUGACGAAGUAGUUUGUUCUGUUGUUGAGAGUUCUCUUAAUAUAGUUGCAGUGUUGUAUCAUUCCAGUCAAGUGUCUUAGAAGAUUGUUAUUUAUGACUAAGACAACAUAGUUGAGACCAAAACCCUAACAUUUUUUUUUUGUUAGCAUAAAUUAAUUUGGUCUAAACUCUAUUCUAUAUCUAUUGUUUUGCACUAUGAUAAUAAACAUUUAUUUUUAUGUAGAAUGUGUACAUAAUGUAUGUACACUUAGAGCAUGACAAUGUAUCAGAAGAAUAAUGCUUAACCUUUUGAACAUCUUCACAGGUUUAGUAGUCUUUGCACUGAUGUACCGUUGCACAAGUGUCCUAAGAAUUUUCCUUCUUUUAUACACAGUAAAUGCAUUCCAUACAUUAAGAGUCACACCAUAUAGAUGAUCCCUGCUGGUUUUAGUCAAUAUGGCAUCAUUGGUUUGUGCCAUGGAACAUUGCCUAAUCUAUUAGUAUCAAUAUCAGUUUCUAUAAAGUGAAGCCUCAGAUGAAGUCAUGGUUCAUGAAUGAAAAAAAAAAGAGACCUAACACAAAACAAAAUGUUGAAGAUAUCUGACAAUGACAGAAACAGCAGGCGAAAGACAAAGUGACCAACAUUUGCUUGAAGAGCCAUGACACUGACAAAGGGACCAGUAUAGGAUCAUGAAACAGACUGGAACUGUUGCUGAAGAGUUUUGUUCUAGUGAACAUGUCUGUCUGUACUGUUAAUGGUCUGUGUACAUUUCGUGAAGUCUGAAGGACUGGACUGGAGUUUUAAGUUAAAGGUAUGACUUGAACCAUCAGUAUAUCAUUGUCAGAUUAUGGUAUCUAGGUAUAAUUACCCUAAAGAAAUGAGACCAUGAUGUUGACUAUAGGACAGUAGAGGCCAACAAUCUCCAUAGUAAAAGGCCUGUUUUUGUUACUUCUGCUGUUGUCUCAGAACUAACAUGGUAAUGAUUUAUUGAUGAGAAGAUGCUAGACAUUCAGAUAAAUUGCAGUAUCAUUAAAAAAUGUUUUUGAGCCUUUGAACCAUGCUGGUGUGUAUACAUUUCCCAUUUUGAGAGAUAUUUAUAUUAAAGAUUAAGUUACAGCACAAAAA